UACAACGCGUACGGACUACGGACGUAUCAUUUUGCAAUACUAUUUCAAAGUUAAAACAUUGAUCAAGACAGUGACAGUGAGGAAAACAAAGGAAAUUAAUUCCAAGGGUGAUGAUUUUGUGAAACUUUCACAAAAUCAAAGCUUUCACAGUGAAAUCUUUGUGAAACUUCCAUUGGUGAAGGAUAAAAGUCACGGCUGUGAACUUUUGUGGUGUCUAAAAGAUGCAGAUUGACUAAGAUGCCGAUAUCAAAAAUAUAUUGCAGUUGUCACCUCCUACUUUUUUUCCUUAUCUUCGUAAAAGCGACCCCGAAAUGCGAAAUCACGAACCAGCAAACAGAACACCAUGUCACUUGCACUCCAACUGAUAACUCCGACUACAACCUACAAAGAGGUCUAGUAUCUGAUAACAACGAUACUAUAAAACUGACUCUUCGCGCCUGCAGAAUUUCCCAAGUAGAAUUAGAAGCAUUCGAAAACCUAUUUGCACUAGAAUACCUCGAUAUAUCACAAAAUAAAAUCUCCGAACUAAAAUUGGGAGUCCUAGAUGGCAUGUUACAAGUUAACCAUCUGAAUUUAUCACAUAAUUUGCUAACCGAAUUUUCGCUAUUCGAUCAGAAACCUAAUUUGAAUACUUUAGAUUUAAGUGGGAACAAAAUAGAAAAUUUAGAGCUUGCAAUAUUUGAUCCGCUAGUGAAGCUAAAAUGGUUGGAUUUAUCAGAUAAUGCGUUGAAAGGUAAAGAUAUAAAUCCUUAUAUUUUUGAUCAAUCCACGAAAAUAAAUUACAUAAGCUUCGCAAGAAAUAACAUGAAUCAAUCACCAGAAAACCUAUUAAGUGCUUUGGAGGAUCUGAGAACGUUGAAUUUAGAUCGGUGUCUACUCACUGAAAUACCUGCAUUUGCUACUGGACGCAAUCUUAGAACAUUGCGAGAACUAAUCAUAUCUACCAAUCAGAUUACGAAACUCGACGAUGCAACAACAUUUAUUAAUCUGGAAAAUCUAAAUACACUUAACUUAGCCUACAACGUUAUAAAAUCGAUUGAUUUCAAUACAUUCAAGUCAUUGAAAAAGCUCAGAGUAAUAGUAUUACGAGGCAAUAAAUUAACUAAUAUACCAGAUACUCUAUUUAAGGAUAUGAAGAGCGUGGGUAAUAUUGAUUUGUCACACAAUGAAAUAACAAGUAUUUCUGUAAAUGCUUUUCGUGGGACAUCGUUAAAAAACCUGAAUUUGGCAAGCAACCGUAUUACAUAUUUGACUGACAACUUUUGUUUGGAACUAAGAAACUCUGGGGCGAUACUAACAAAGUUUUACUUCAAUCAGAACCCUUGGCAAUGUGCAUGUCUAAGAAAUAUACUGGAGGAAGUGAAGAAGUAUAAGAUAUCAUACAAUGGAGUAAUGUAUGAUGGAAAACAUCCAAUAUGCGUGACAACCAGUGAAAAUUCCUGUAAAAGACAUGACACGUUCAAUAGUGUUUAUACGGAAUUGUAUGAUAGGUUAGUUUUAGGAUUGCAAAUAGAUACUUGAAAAUUGUA